UCAAAUCAUAUUUAUUCCUAUAUGUAAAAUAUAUCCACAACAGGUGUAGAAAUAACGACUGUGCAAAUCUUCGUUUUCAAAUGAUAGGGACAGAUUUCAUAAAAACAUGUUAGAAUGAAGAAAUCUACCACUGAACCAUUGAAUUGAACCAAAUCUUUAAUUGAACGGUCAGAACCGACUUGUUCAAGAAAAUUGUUCGUCAAUAUCGUCAAUAAAUUCUUAUCUGUUGUAUAGAUGUUGAAUUCAUCAAGAGGAUAUUGAAGCUGGUGGUCGUAGUGUGUAUAUGCUGGCAAUAUGGCACACGUAUUUCAUGUGGAGUUUGGCAUUAAUGAGACACCACUGACCAGAGCUCUUGAGAAUGGCAACUAUGCGAGUGCUGAAAAACUAAUAUUAGACUGUGUUAACCCAUCUUACCUAGAUGAAGGCUGCUACCAGCGGACACCUCUGCAUAUUUGCCUAUGUGGUGUUGACCAAAGUGGGGAACAUGUUGUGACUCGCAAUUUUUAUCUGGCUCGUCUAUUAAUUGAAAGAGGAGCAGAUAUUAACCACCGGGUGCCAGUGACAUUUUGGGGUUGUGAGUUCCUAAGUCCAGGCAAGUCUUGUCUUGAACUUCUAACAGAUUUUUAUAUUGAUCUGACUCAACAAAAGAAUCAUUACAUGCAUCACUGCACCAACAUGAGUGCAGCAACAGUCAUGGUGGUUGGACUGAACAAAACUUAUCUGCUGAAUGUGGAUGAAGUGCUAGAAGAUUUAAUGGAUCUCAUCUUUCUUGUGCUAAGCAGUGGAGGAAAUUCCAAUGUAGGUAAUGAAAAUCACAUGACACCUUUGCAUCGAGUUUGUAUGUACAGCCAUGAUUCUCGUCUUCUUCAUCUCCUUCAUGAGAAUGGAGCAGAUAUUAAUGCUGUUGAUGCUGAAGGCAGUACACCUCUUUUAGCUCUUUGUGAUAGUACCACACAUCAAUUAUAUGAUAUCUCUAAUGAUAUCUUGCCUGCUGUUCACGAGCACUCCAGUACUAGUGGAUUCCUCAAAAUCAAGGUGGAUUUUCUUGACUAUCUUCUACAAAUCAAGGAUCUUGAUAUUGAUCAUCAAAACAGCCACGGCCAUACAGCCCUUUUCCACUGCAUGCUGAGGGGAGAUUCAAGUGGAACUCUCAUGCUGUUACAUCAUGGAGCGGAUCCAACAUUAAGAGGGACUGUCUGGGAAACAAGGAAACGAAAAAGAGAGAUUUCACCAUUAUUGGCAGUAUUUCUGUCAGCUCCCGUUAAAUCCAAACUUGGAACAAUGAAUGCUAACCGCUGUUUUGCCUUGGGUUUAUCCACCAUCUCACAUCUUGUGGAUGCAGGCUACUUCAACAGGCUGGAGAUAGAAGAAGAAAUUGAGCAACUUUUGGAGCAAGAUCUUCAAGAGUUCUUUCAUAUGAAGCUGCAUGCAGGGCUCCUGAUACAGCAGAUGUUUGGGGGGGUAUCCUGCUCACUUCAGCAGCUUGCAGCCAGGCAGUUAUUUGGAUACUAUUUGUUGGAAAAUACACGAUACCUACAACAUAUCUUACCUGUUUCCACAUUUCAGCAAAGAUUUCAGACACAUGACUUGCAAAAUUUAGAUGGAUAUGAAGAGUAUGUCGGGCUAGUGCUGAAUAACACUGUUCUACAAGCAUUUGUGUCACUUCUUGGACUACCAGUUGACACUCUGCUUCACAUGCAGAUAGAGCUGUUGUUACAACGCCUGGGGCUACUUCUUGCUCGCCUUCAUGUUGCCCGCCCUGGCUAUCUCUCACCAACAUCUAGCUGUGAUUUUUGGUCAUCUGAGAGCUCUGGUUCAGUCAGCCAAGAUGAAGGUGACUCUGAUUUAGAGUACUGGUGAUUUCGACCAGUUAAGUGUUCGUCAACAGUGAUUAUAUAUUUCACAGCUUCUUCCUAAGUUGAGGAUAUGAAGGCAUGGUAUUGUAUAAUUCCUCAUACAUUCCACAAAAUGCUGGACUGUGGACAGUGUUGUAAGCUUACAAGGCUGUUUUGAGUGUACAAACUGGGAUGUCUUUUUAGAUGCAUGUCCUAAUCUUGACAACUUAGUUAACACCUUCUCCUCAUAUAUAUCUUUCUGUGUAGAUUGCACCAUUCCAUUGAAACAGUUUGUGACUUACCCAAACAAUAAAACUUGGGUGACCAAGGGCUUUAAAGCAGUGCUGAAUAACGGGAUCUGCCCAUGACAAGAAACUGAUACAUGAAGAGGUCCACAAUGCUAUCCAUCAGGCCAGGGUGAAAUAUAAGACUGAAAUAGUCUCAGUUUGGUACAGAUAACAUUUGAGCAGUUUGGCCAGGGACUCGAGAACACGGCCAAUGUUGAAGAUCAGCUUAAGGGUUCUUAAGUCAAAAUCUCGUCAGGCAUUGACAGUAUGGCCCCACCUAAUGGUCUUAAUACUUUCUUUGCUCGUUUUGAGACACACGACUUCUCUGUAAACAUUAAAGAUAUGCUUAGUUCUCUUCAUCCUGUCCAGAGGGUUGAGAUUUGUCAAGAACAAGUGGAGCUGUUUCAGCAGGUGAAGAUUCGCAAGGCUUUAGGUCCUUAUGGUAUUUAUGGCAGAACAUUAUGUUUCUCUGCGCACCUACUUGGAGGCAUUUUCCAACACCUAUUUUUUUUAUGGAUUCACUCUACAUCCUUACUGUUUGGAAAUUGUCUACCAUUAUCCCAGUUCCAAAGAAAGCUUCAGCUCAAUGACCAGUGUCCUUAACAUCGUUGGUUAUGAAAGUAUUGAGACAAUCAUCAAAGCACUGAUUCUAAAAACCACUAACAAAUGUCUUCGCCCCUUGCAAUUUGCAUACCAGUCCAAAUGAAGUGUUGAUGAUGCUAAGCUGUUUAUCCUUCAUACUGUGUUCUAAUACCUGGAGAAUCCACAAGCCCAUGCAUGACUGCUAACUUCUCAUCGACUUUCAACACCAUCGAACCACAUAACCAAGCUAGAAGGCUCCUUGAUGAGUUUUCCCUUGACCAUCAGUUAGUGUCAUGAAUCCUUCACUUUUUGAUCGACAGGCAGCAAGUACUUGUCAAUGGCAACUUUUGCUCAACUUCAUCACAACGUGCACUGGCUCACCCCAAGGUUUGUUUGAUCCUCGCUUCUAUUUAUUCUGUAUACCAACAGUUGUCGCAGUAACCAUGAGGGUCAACAUCACAAAUUCUCUGAUGACACUGCACUGCUAUCUCUUCUUAGCGGUUCAGUAGAUACCCAUGGUGUAGCUUUGCAUGAAUUUAUUGCCUGGUGUGAUGAUUUCUUAGAACAUAAUGUAAGACCAAAGAGAUUGUCUUUGAUUUGCAUCGGAAUUCUCCAUAAAGUCCUGGCAUCCACGAGGUGAAAAUUGUCCUUGCAUUUAAAUACCUGUGCGCUAUCUUUGAUAGGAGAUUUCGCUUGGAUUUCAACACUCAAGCUGUUGUAAAAAGGAUUAACAGCACUUCUUAUAUUAUGACCAAUAAUAUUAUGACCAAGUAUUAUCACCAGUGAAGAGUUUCUUACACAAACCAAGUUCAGAAUCAUGGCUAUUCCAAAAAAGAAGAUGGAGAUGGUUAGGGCACAUGUGCAACAUGAACUGGAAUCCCAUUCAAAGUAGCCUUUUGUUGGACAGCUGAUGGAAAGAGAAAUGCAACUACAUUAAAGAAACCUGAUGAACACCAGCAGAAAAAGAAAUGAAAGAGCAGGGGGAUAACCUGGAAGUAAGGUCUUUGGUUAACAUCAUAUGUGCACCUAGAUUUUAAAAAAAAAAAAAGGACUAAUACUAAAAACACGAUCAGAUAAUUUAAAAGCAUUUCCAUGGCUAUUUUUCAUAAUUUGUAGUUGACAUUUUUAUUUACAAAAUAUUUUGCAUGGUUAACAGAGGGAUCAAAUAAAGUGUGCAAAUAACUAUACAAAAUUGUGUUGUGGAAAUAAAAAAUAUGCAGUUUUAAGUUCUUUUGAUUUUGCCUUUUUUAAAAUAUUGCACCUGUGAUGCUUGUCGUCAUUUUUUAAUAUUCUACAUCUAUGAUGUUCAUUCAUUAUUUAAAACAAAUACUUUCUAGUAUAUGUACUAUGUCAUUAUUUUAUUAUAGAAAAUUAUGAGGUGUAAUUUUGGGAAGGAACCUUUGUCAAAUUUGGAAAAAAAGGUGUUUUUAUGUAAAUUCAUAGAGGAUGGUCUUCAAUCCUGGUCACACAAUGUAUAUUUGCAGGUUGUGGUAAAAAAUUAUUUUCUCUUUAUUUAUGAAUAAAUGAAAAAGCUGAAACUUAAAA